AACGUCACGAACAUUUGGAUGCGCCACCUCCAAUACCUUUCUCUGACUCCCCAUUCCCACAUUUCCGGUGCGCUCGCUCCUCGUCUUUCCCCUUCCCCGAUCUCCCCACCGGCCCACCCCGUCCGCCCGCUCCACCUUCUCCCCCCGCGCCGCCGCCUCAGGCAUGUUCUAGGCCAUUGGUGAGAAUCUGUACUUCAAUAUGGCCGGGGCGCCGCGUGGUUCUUGUUGUCUGGCUCCCUUAUUUUGGGCUGUGCUGUUGCUGAUUGUGUCUCCAGGCAAUGCAUUCUACUUGCCUGGCAGCUAUAUGCAUACCUACUCCGAAGGUGAGGAAAUAUGGGCAAAGGUUAAUUCACUCACGUCCAUUGAGACCGAGAUGCCGUUCAGCUACUACAGUCUGCCCUACUGCCGUCCCCCUGGCGGCAUCAAGAAGAGCGCCGAGAACCUGGGUGAGCUUCUCAUGGGUGAUCAGAUUGACAACUCGCCCUACCGGUUCCGUGUGAAUGUUAACGAGUCCCUGUACCUCUGCACAACGAAAGGGCUUAAUGAGAAUGAUGCAAAGCUUCUCAAGCAGCGCUCCCGUGAUCUUUACCAGGUCAACAUGAUGCUUGACAAUCUGCCUGUCAUGCGUUUUACUGAGCAGAAUGGUGUCACGGUACAGUGGACUGGCUUUCCUGUGGGUUACACUCCAGCUGGUAGCACUGAUGAUUAUAUCAUCAACCAUUUGAAGUUUAAGGUCUUGGUCCAUGAGUACGAGGGAACAAAUGUGGAAAUCAUCGGCACUGGAGAAGAAGGAUCUGCUGUCGUCUCAGAGGUUGAUAAGAAGGGGAUGUCUGGGUAUCAGAUUGUUGGUUUUGAGGUUGUGCCUUGCAGUGUGAAGCGUGACACCGAAGCUUUCUCUAAGCUUAACAUGCAUGAUAAAAUUGAACCUGUGAGCUGCCUGUUGGAGCUUCGGAAGUCUCAAGUGAUCAGGCAACAGGAGAGAAUCACAUUUACUUAUGAUGUUGAGUUUGUGAAGAGCGACAUCAGGUGGCCAUCUAGGUGGGAUGCUUAUCUGAAGAUGGAGGCUGGUGCCAAUGUCCACUGGUUCUCUAUAAUGAACUCUCUCAUGGUGAUCUUGUUCUUGGCCGGGAUUGUCUUUGUCAUAUUCCUGAGAACUGUAAGAAGGGACCUCACUAGGUAUGAAGAGCUUGACAAGGAAGCACAAGCACAGAUGAAUGAGGAGCUAUCUGGGUGGAAACUUGUGGUUGGAGAUGUAUUCAGAGAGCCAACUUGCGCCAAGCUGUUAUGUAUCAUGAUUGGUGAUGGGGUUCAGAUUCUGGGAAUGGCAAUUGUAACAAUUGUCUUUUCCACACUUGGGUUCAUGUCUCCAGCUUCAAGAGGAAUGCUUCUUACUGGGAUGAUUAUUCUCUACCUUUUCCUUGGCAUUGUAGCUGGGUAUGUCAGUGUUCGGCUAUGGAGGACUAUUAAGGGCACGUCCGAAGGAUGGAGAUCAUUGUCCUGGUCAACUGCCUGCUUUUUCCCUGGCAUCAUGUUUAUGGUCCUUACUAUCUUAAACUUCGUGCUGUGGGGAAGCAAGAGCACCGGAGCUUUACCUAUUUCGUUAUUUUUCACCCUUCUGGCUCUGUGGUUCUGCAUCUCUGUGCCGUUAACGCUUAUUGGUGGCCUCCUUGGUACAAGAGCAGAGCAGAUUGAAUUCCCUGUUCGCACCAACCAGAUUCCUAGAGAGAUCCCUGCACGGAAAUAUCCAUCAUGGUUUCUCGUCCUUGGAGCAGGCACGCUGCCAUUUGGAACCCUGUUUAUUGAGCUGUUCUUCAUUCUCUCGAGCAUCUGGCUUGGAAGGUUCUACUAUGUGUUUGGCUUCCUGCUGAUUGUCCUGCUGCUCCUUGUCGUGGUUUGCGCUGAGGUGUCUGUUGUCCUAACAUACAUGAAUCUGUGUGUCGAGGACUGGAGGUGGUGGUGGAAGGCUUUCUUUGCGUCGGGCUCUGUUGCUCUUUACGUAUUCCUCUACUCCAUCAACUACUUGGUCUUUGAUCUCAGAAGCUUGAGUGGGCCUGUAUCUGCAAUGCUUUACAUCGGCUACUCAUUCCUCAUGGCAUUUGCAAUCAUGCUUGCCACUGGAACCAUCGGCUUCUUGACAUCAUUCUACUUCGUGCACUAUCUCUUCGCGUCUGUGAAGAUCGAUUGAUCAGUGUUUGCUAUUUUAGGUGGCCUUUUGGAUUGUAUUGCUUGAAUGCGUGUGCAAGCUACUGAGGUGAUUUUGAUUAACUGCAGAAGUUCUUAAGUAGACGGGAUGCAGUCUUCCCUAGUAAACUAGGUUCUUUUCUCCGUUCCAGUUGUUGUGAGCUUGUAUCUGCUACAAUUACUUUACACUAGGUACUGCGACCCAGAUUUGUAAGUGCUAAGGAGCAGUGAUAUGUCUUUUCCUGUGUUUGUUGGAUGAAGUUCUAUCUGUGCGACUGGCAAUGUUUUGGAGAUA